CCUCCGAAACACUAUCGCUGAGCUGUCCCCUCUUACCGGUAUUACCGAAUCAAACACGUACGCCUCCAUGGCCAACCCCGUACCUUUCAUCUCUCCAUAAAACCUCGUUUCAGCUCUUCCAACAGGCACUCAUUUCGAUCUCUGUUUCCAUGUCGGUGACUACUCUGUUUCCAUUAUAGAUCCCUUAUAAUUUCAUCAUUAUGCUUUCAAAUUUGCUUAUUCUUUGAUUUUCCUCGUCAAAUGAUAUAAAAUUCUCCACUAUCCACAUCCUAUUAUAAUUCCCAUUAAUGCAUUUGCCGUUGUCAAUUUCGUUGAAGAUCUGUUGCUUUUAACUUUAGGUGUUUGUUAUUUUUUGAGAAUAAAUUUAUAAUCUUUCUGGGUUAUCAAAAUGUCAGCCAUUAGAUUUGAACCCACUAAACAAUACUAUGCUACAACCAGUUUAGUAGUUGGAUAUGCGCUUUGUUCAAGCUUUCUUGCUGUUAUAAACAAAUUUGCAAUAACCAAAUUCAAUUACCCAGGUUUAUUGACUGCAUUAGAGUACAUAACUUCUGCUUUAGGGGUCUGGGUCUUGGGCAAGUUUGGAUUUUUACAUCAUGAUCCUUUCAAAUUGGAUAUUGCCAACAAGUUUUUGCCUGCUGCUGUUGUGUUUUACCUUGCAAUCUUCACAAACACGAAUCUUUUGCGCCAUGCUAAUGUGGAUACUUUCAUAGUGUUUAGAUCCUUGACACCCCUUUUGGUUGCCUUAGCUGAUACAAUCUUUAGGAGGCAACCUUGUCCUUCAAAGCUCACAUUUAUGUCUCUUUUGAUCAUUUUGGGUGGGGCUGUUGGGUAUGUAGCUACUGAUUCGGCUUUUACUUUGACUGCAUAUUCAUGGGCGUUUGCGUAUUUGGUGACCAUCACUACUGAAAUGGUUUACAUUAAGCAUAUGGUGAUGAACCUUGGGUUGAAUACUUGGGGUUUUGUGUUGUACAAUAACUUCUUGUCCUUGAUGAUGGCACCUAUAUUUUGGGUUUUGACUGGAGAAUACAAUGAGGUGUUUGCAGCUUUGAUAGCCAAUGGUGGGAAUUGGUUCGAACCUGUGGCAUUUACUGGUGUAUCGUUGUCAUGCUUGUUUGGCAUGCUCAUUAGUUUCUUCGGAUUCGCGACUAGGAAGGCGGUCUCUGCCACUGCAUUUACUGUGACUGGUGUGGUUAACAAGUUCCUCACAGUUAUGAUCAAUGUACUGAUUUGGGAUAAGCAUGCCACACCUUUCGGUUUGGUUUGCCUCCUCUUUACGCUGUCUGGAGGGGUUCUUUAUCAGCAGUCAGUUACCGGACCACCACCUCAUGAUUCAACAGCAUCCAAGCAAACUGGUGAUGCGAGUGAUAAUGAUGACCAUGAAGACAAUCAAGAUAAGAAAAUGCCAGGUAAACAUGCUUCUAUUUGAGCCACACUGAAGAAAACUGUUGGGAUUUAUGAUCUCUAGCAUUCCCUAAUUUUGAAUGUACCUUUAUGUAGAUCUCACAAUUCCCAUAUUAGAAUUUAAAACAUGGUUAGCCCUUUAGCAUUUGGGUGAUUUAGCAUCACUGACAGUAUCAUGGCAUUCUUUGUUGCUUCAUGUACUAAUCAUUUUUCAAUCAUCGACAAUUGAGGAAUAUGCAUUUUCUUUGUUUCUGUAUUGGUAUAGCUAUUGGAUAUUCGAUCUCAGAUUAGUUUCA